GCAAACUUUACCACAGUCCGCUCGUGGCUAGUUCGACUCCGUCCUGUCGUGCCAAACAGAUCGCCUGCCUUGGAGUACUACGGAGUAGCUCGGGAGACUCCGGUAAUGCAGCUGUAUGGCUAUGCGAACACUAGCCUGCAGCCCAUUAGGACCGGCUGUUGAGUUUAAAUACAAGGGCUCUGGCAUCCCUGACAGGGUGACGAACACACGAACUCACGAUGAAGGUCUCGACCGCGGCAGCACCCCUUCUGAGCAUUCUGCCUGAGGCCAAUUUCCUGGUUGAUCCUGCGGACUUUUGUUGCACCGCUCUUCAAGCCACUUCCCUGCGUGACCAGGUUAUCUAUCCCACCAGUGCAGCAUACAAUGACUCCGUGUCAGUCACCUUCGCGGCAAAUGCUCGACUUAGUCCCUCUUGUAUUGUCCAGCCUCAUUCUGCGGAGGACGUCUCAAUCGUGAUCUCCACUCUGGCACAAACGCCCUGCCAAUUUGCCGUGCGCAGUGGUGGCCAUACCACCUGGCCUGGCGCCGCAAGUAUCGAACAGGGGGUAACCAUUGACCUCUCCACGAUGAAUGACACCACAUACCACGAGGACAAGGGUGUGGCAUCAGUCUUGCCGGGUGCGCGGUGGCAGUCCGUAUAUCAGACCCUCGAGCCCUAUGGGGUCACGGUGCCUGGUGGACGUUCUGGAGCAGUUGGCGUGAGCGGAUUUUUGAUUGGAGGUGGGAAUUCGUUCUACACAGCACGAGUAGGCUUCGCAUGUGACAAUGUCGAAAAUUUCGAAGUCGUCCUCGCCAGUGGAGCGAUCGUGAAUGCCAACCGGACGAGUCACCCGGAUCUUUAUCAGGCCUUGAAAGGCGGCUCGAUCAACUUUGGCAUUGUUACCAAGUACGAUCUCAAAACGUUCCGUCACGAAACCCUUUGGGGCGGGCUGAUCACGUAUGACAACUCUACCACUGACCAGCAGAUUGAUGCGGGAGUAGACUUUACCAACAACAUACAUAACGACCCUUAUGCGUCAUGGAUUGGCAUGUGGGGAUACAAUUCAGUCACGGGGCAGAAUGCCAUGUUCAAUGCACUGGAAUAUACCAAACCCGUCGCUUAUGCGGAUGCAUUUGCAGAGUUCUUGAAGAUUCCUAAUACGACCAGUACCAUGCGAUUCGCUAGCAUCUACAACCUGACCAUGGAGCUGGGCCAGACACCAGGCUAUCGCUAUAUUUACACGACGGGUACGUACAGGAAUGACGCCACAGUCGUUCGCAAGGCGAUCGACCUCCACAACAACUACAUUGAGAAGGCCAAGGCCGAUGUCAAGAGCGACUACUGGGCUAUCGAUACCAUGGUACAACCUUGGCCCAAACUUUUCUCGCAGCGUAGCGUCGAGAAGGGCGGCAAUGUGCUAGGCUUGGAGCGGUUCGAUGAGAACCUUAUUCAGCUACUUUUUGACUUCUCCUGGGACAAUCAAGACGAUGACGCUCUGUUCUACCGUCUGGGCGAGUCCAUCCUGGAAGAGCUUGAUGAUUUUGCCAAGUCGAUCGGGGCGGACAACGAGUAUGUCUACCUCAACUAUGCGGACAAAUCACAGAACCCACUCAAAAGCUACGGCAAGGAGAACGUGGAAUUUAUUUCCCGCGUUGCAAAACAGUAUGAUCCCGAUGGAGUGUUCCAGGUACAGAUUCCGGGCGGAUUCAAGAUUAGCGAGGUGUAGCGAGGUCCAACUGAGUCCAGUGAAAUUGUCUAAGUGCCAAUAAAUGGGACAUGAUAGAAUA